GUCUUUCUCCCCCCCCUCCCUCCCCUCCCACAACCGAAACCGAAGAUUAACCACGAACACACACUCACAACAACAACAAACCAUGGGAGGACUUAACGCGCUGCACUAAUUCCCCCCAACCCAUCCCGCUCCAUUUAUUUUUUAAUUUAUAGUUUUUUUAUUGCAACUCACGGCGUCGCGUUUGGGUUUAUUCCCGGUGAAAAUGGCGACGGGGGCAGGCUGGCAGCAGCCUCCGUACAACACCUCGACUGGCAGCACCAAAUACACCCCCUCCCCGACGUCCAGCAUGUUUUACGACGGGACUUUGACGCUGGAAUACACCCAGGACCUGCAUUUGAAGAUGAGCAAGAAGAUCGCUCAGCUCACCAAGGUCAUUUAUGCUCUCAACACCAAGAACGACGAGCAUGAGGAGGAAAUCGAGUCGCUCAAAGAAGCCCAUGAGGACGAGGUCCAACACAUCGUGACGGAAACCAGAGACAAAAUCAUGCAGUACAAGAGCAAAAUGGCGGACGAGGCGGACCUGAGGCGACGGCUGGCCAGUCUGGAGGAAUCUGUGGAGCUCCACGAACACAUGAAGAGACAGGCUUUAGCAGAGUUUGAGAUGUACAGACAGAGAAUGGAGGAUUCGCAGCUCUGUACCGAGGCCCAGCACACGCAGAGGGUGGUUUCUAUGAGCAGAGAGGUGGAGGAGAUGCGUCGGGAUUUUGAGGAGAAGCUGCGGGCGUUCAGCCAGGCUCAGGCCCAGUUUGAGGCGGAUAAGCGGCGAGCGCUGGAGGAGAUGAGAAGCACCCACCGCCACGAGGUGGAGGAACUCCUCAACAACCAGCUGAACCAAAGCGCCACCUCCACGGAAGACCAGGAGAAACUGGCCGAGCUCCAUAGACAAGAGGUGGAGGCGUUGAUGGAGAGGGUGGAGGAGAUAACGAAGGACAAGGUCCGUCUGGUGGAGGAGUACGAGGCCAAGCUGGGCAAGGCUCAGGAGUAUUACGAGAGGGAGCUGGAGGCCAUGAGGAGAACGCACCAGCUCACCACUGAGAACCUGCUGGCCUGGAAGAGAACUGAGGUGGAGCUUCGGAAGGAGUUCCAGGCUCAGGAAGCGGCGCUGCAGCGUUCCCUGUCCAAGCUGAGGAGCGAGCUGCAGAAGGCUCAGGAGGAGGCCCGCGAGAACCGGGACAAGACCAACAGGCUGCAGACGUCACUGGCCAACGCAGAGGGGACGAUCAAGAAUCUGCACAAGCAGCUGGAAGAGGCCAUUCAGGACGGAGAGAUCUGGGUGAUGCAGCUGAAGGACACCGAGUACGAACUAGAGGGCAGCAGGGAACGGGUUCAGCAGCAGGCGUCUGAAAUCCUCCACAAAGCCAGUCAGAUCGGCUCCUUGCAGGCCACCCAGAUGGCCCACGAGGCCACCAUCAGGAACCUGGACCAGGAGCAAAGCCGCCUCAAGGAGAAGAUCGGCAGGCUGGAGGAGGAGAGGGAGGCCCUGCUCAACCAGAGCCAGGCCGCCAACGAACAGCACAAGCAGCAAGUGGUCAAACUAGAACAGUCUCUGCGUGAGGAGCACCAGGGCUACGAGAAGGAGCUCUCCAGGCUGAGAGCGCACUACGAGGAGGAGACGCAUCGCUACAAGGAGGCGCAGGUCAGGGCGCUGGAGGAGCUGGAGAAAAAACACCAGGCGAUGAGGGAGGAGGCUCAGCAGGAGAAGGAGGAGGAGAAGCAACUCCUCAUGACGAAAAUGAGCCAAGAGUUUGAGAUUAAGCGGCUGUCAUUAGAGGAGCAGAGAGACCGUCUCCAGCAGCAACUGGACAACUUGAAAGAGGAGCUCUCGGCCAAGCUCAACAUGGCCAAUCAGGAAGUGUCCCACCUCCAGGAGCUGGUGAGAGAGGGCGAGCAGAACAUGGGGUCGGCUCAGACCCAGAUCAACUGCCUGAAGGAGACGCAGGAGAAACUCAAGAUAGAGCUGGACGCCACGAGGGCCCGCGUCCGGGAGACGAGCAACCUGCUGACUGACCUACAGGAGGAGAUUGAAACCCAGAAGCAGCAGCACGAGGCCAGAGUGAUGUCCAUCAGAACGGAGGAGAAACAGAAGAUGGACAAGAUGGCGGACGACUUGGACCAGAAGUGGAGAGAUGCGCUGCGGGAAGAAGUGCGCCUGCUGAAGGAGGAGUUGACCGAGGAGUACGAAGCAGACAAACAGGCAGCGCUGACUCAGCUCUCCCAGCAGAAAGAGCUGGAGAUGAUGGCGGCAAGAGAGGGCUGGCAGAGGAAGGUGGAAGACCUGCUGGAACAGAUCUCUCUUCUCAAACAGUCCCUGGAGCUGCAGCUGUCUCAGUCCCAGUCAGCUCUGCAGCAGCUGCAGUCUCAGUUCAACCAGGAGAGGGAGCUGCUGAGCCAACAGCUUAAAGAGAUGCAAAGAGAACAUCAGAGGAGAGAGCAUCGGUUACAGGAGGCCCACUGCUGUGCACUCAGCACCAUGGAGGAGGCCAGACAGCACCAGAUAAGAGCCCUGGAGGAGCGCCUGAAGCAGGAGCAGAGGGAGGAGGUCCACGCUCUGAAGGAGGCCCACAGGAGGACCUUAGAGAUCCUCAGGCAGCAGUCGGACCAGGAGCUGCAGACGCUGCGGUUCGAACUGGAGGACGAGGGCAAAGCGAAGCUGGCUUCCCUCCGUGCAGAACUCAACCACCUGCACGCCACAGCGAUAGAACAUCUGAAGCAGAUCCACCUGAAAGAACACACUGCCGCAAAACGGGAGCUGGAGAAAGCCAUGGAGCAUAGCCACCAGCAGGAACAGGAGCUGCUGGUCCGCAUCUCGGACCUGCAGGCGGAGCUGUGUUCCCGCAGCAACCGCAUCACGGAUCUGGACCACGAGAUCCACUCACUGAACGAGACCAUCGACACCCUGACCAGAGAGCUGGAGCACAAGGGCAAAGAGGUGCUGAGGGUGCGCAGCGAAGCUAACCACCAGAUCAGAGCCCACGAGCAAGACCUCACGAAGAGACAUGAGAGGGAUCUGGGGGAGCUGAACGCGGUCCGUCACAGGGAAACGCAAAUCAUGCUGGCGGACUUCAACAAGGCUCAAGAAGUCCUCAAAGACAAGAUAUCUGCUCUACAAAUACUGCUGGAGGGAACGGAGGAGAAGCUAAGAAACAGAGAAAGCAGACCGGAGGACCUGCAUCUCAUAGCAGAGCUCAGAGAGAUGGUCACCGAAAGAGAAGCUCUGGUCAAAAAGCUUGUGGAUGACAAAAAGUUCUACCAGCUGGAGCUGGUCAACAGAGAGACGGGCUUCAGCAAGGUCUUCAAUUCCAGUGCCAAUGUUGGUGUCAUCAACCCUCUUAUCAAGUUAAAAACAGGCAGCCACUCAGGUCACCGCUUCAGCAGCUUCCCUAGCCAAUCGGCUCUCCGAUUCGUCAGCCCUCCCUCCAUGAGUCAUGAACGAGAGGAAGAGGAGGGACGGCAGGUGGAGGAGGUAGGACCAGGAGGCCGCUUUGUGCCUCCUCGCUGCCCCCUCCAGGGGUCCCUCCCCCGUCUUAGGAAAGCCCCGCCAUUGUUCAGCCAUCUUCCUCCUCUUCCUCAGCAUCCUCUCCCUCCUCCUCCGCCUCCUCCCUCUCCUUCUCCUCAUCCUCCACAUCAUCCCAUGCCAAGCCAUUCUCAUCCUCAGGAAACCCUGGUGCAGCAUCAGGGCCUACAGAGCCUUAGGAGCCUUCCUGAAGCCAACGCUGCGACACCGUCAAACCCCGGAGAGUUGGAGGCAGGGAAAAGCAGAGAAUACGUUACAAAAGAAGAAGAGCUGUACGCCCACUGCUUCUCCUUCUGACUGGCAAAAAAACUAAAUAAAGCAAUGGGACAGAGAGCUAAAGUUGGACGGUUAUCGAACUGCAGGUUUCGAGAAAUAUCAAACGCCUAAUCAGAGCACUCCCAUCAGUCACAUGCAGCACUGAGAUUCCAGUGUAAUUUCAACCUUAGGGCUUCCAUACAUGAUGAGCAUGAUGAGUAGUGUGAUUAGCAGGAGGUGGUAUCAAAAAGCAUUAGCCGACAGCAAUCUUGUCUCUUCGUUUGUGCCGUCUGCAAUUCCCCACAAUCUGAUGCUCAUAUGAGCUACAUGCUGCGCUAAUCAACUUAAGUGUAGGAGGAAAUUACGAGUUCAAAAAAAAAAAAAAAAAAGUCAUUACCCUUGAAUCUCUGGAGUUUAAGUGUGUAGAUGAGAUUCACUGCGGGGACCAGAGUGCAUAUUAAGGAAGAGGAAGUAGUUGCUUGCUAUCAUGUAAUAUUGCUCAAAGUCAGACUGGCUUCCUGCUUCGAUUCGAAGUUUAUUCUUCCAAAAAGCACACACACUGACCAUUACAAUGCUCAUUACUGGUUUUGAGUUUUUGUUGGCAGUUCAAUCUCAUUGAUAGUAAUUCCUCCGCUGAGUAAUAAUUAUAACAAAAAAGGAAAAACAUCGCAAAAAAGGAAGGACAUAUAGUUAACCUACGUUAUGUAAUAAAUCCAAAUGAUCCAUUAUUAUCAGUGCUCUCUCUGUGUCCAUGGCAUAAAACUUGGCCAAGCUUUUAGGCGUCUGCCUGCCAGAAAUAGUAACAAAGCGUUGAACAUUAAUUUUUUUGCUGUUCAAUUCCAGUUGCAAUAACACGUGUACCCACUAGGUGGCAACAUAACACAAAGAGUUGUCUUUAAGUUGCAAAUGGUUAAGUCUUUGUGGACAGCUACGUCCGACUGCCAAUAUCACCACUAAGUCUGUUUCUACAAUAAAUAACUCACUAUUUAAAUCACAUUACAUUUUUGUAACAUGAUCAGUUGCCUUCCCGUUGAAAAGUAGCUCCCUCUUCCUGAAGACCAUUCAGCCUUGUCGCUCGCCUUUCGUCUUUAAUAGUGACGGCCCAGCCUGGUGGUAUAAAUACAUAUGUCUCGUGCGAGGAGGACUUUACUGUUGGUUGUGUUUUGGCCUCUGCAGUUGAAUAAACUAAAGUUCACCCCAGUAACUACACCAGCAACAAUAAUGCUAACUUGAGCUUGCUGUCCCACUGCUUUGACUGUGUACAUACAGUAGAAGUCACUUUCAUAUCUCGGAGCUAGGUGAGGGGCGCUUGGUUUAUUUCCUGUAAGAUCUCCUGAGAGGGACACAUCCAGAUGAACUGAAUCAAGCUCCUCUCCUAUUUUUAUUAUUCCAGUAUUUAUAAUGUAAGAAGCUACUGUUUUUCUACGGUCUGUUUGUGAUGCCAGUGGACCAGAGACAUAUAGAGGACGAGUUCUGUCAAUGUUGUUUUGUUGGUUUCUUUUAGUUUUUUUUAAAUGCCAAGGAGCGUUGUGUUAAUUUAAUCACGAGGCUGGGAGUUCAUAUUAGGGGCUCGACUCGUCUGCUACAUGUCUCUGUCUGCGUGCAGACCAUAGAGCAUGUGAAAACAGGUACACUAUCAUAACGCUGCUCACUUGAAACCCUCGUAUCUCUAAUUUCCUGUUUUGUCUUUCUUUUCUUGAAAAGUUUACAUAGUUCUCGUGCUGAUGUCCAUUCAGUAAUCUGUACAGUUUCCAAACUGCAUGGUCGCCACGAGCCUGGAAGAGGCUGUAUUUGUUACUUCUCGAAAAGCGGACAGAGACACAUGAGGGCUCAGAGUUUAGUUCUUCUCACGCUGAUCGUGCAGUUGCACUUUCGGCCAACACUUAUCAAUUGAGCGCGACCCGCCCUCGUCUUCCAUAACUGAAUCUGCUUCGGGAAGUGUUUCACUUUUUUGCGUUCACAGUUAAGUCAACAUACCAGAAGUCUCUAAUCAUAUAAUUGUUUUUGAAUCCAAAGUGCUUUUUGUUCUUAAAGGGACAGUACCACAUUUUUGUAAUUUUAUGUGUUUUCUCUCCCAGAAACAAAUUGCUUAAAACACAACAAAAUAACAUUUGACUUUGUGCACUGUUCAACUUCACACAAACUUUUUCUCAUAUUCCUUCUUUAUUAAAUAUAAUAGAAUAAUUUACAUACAUUUAGGUCAGCUAGCUAAGCUCAGGUGGAAGCAGCUAGCCUAGCUGUAUAGGCCUUUACAUUUUACAGAUAAAUAAAACAAAUAAGCAAUGAGUUUUGGAGCUGUAUGUAUCGUUUUUAGAAAGUUUUUCUUUUUCCCAUACUUUUUCCCCUUUGUUUUUGCACAGAUAUUUCAGAUGCUGGGGUUAGCUAGUGAGAAACUUACAUGCGAGUGCCUGAAGAAAGCGUAUGACCGAAAGCUUGUUUGGAGUCACAGUUUGCAGACACUAGUAUGAGGUAUUUGAUACCAUUCUCCUUGUCCGAUUGCAUAUUUCCAAAUGAAAUGAGCUGUUUCUUUAAAGCAUCGGUCUUCAACGUUUUUCAGGCCAAGGACCCUCAAACUGAUGGAGAGAUUAAGUAGGAACCCCCAACCUACUAUAUGUGCUGUAUAUUAAACUUGACGUAGUGUU